AUGAUCAGAGAUCCGCGGAAAGAUCCAACAACAUUCACGCCAACCACCAGAUCAACUUUAGUAUUCACUCGGAAACCAUCAACAAAGGGACCUGAGCUUAUCAGCAAUACUGUAAUUCAACAAGACUCUGCCAGCUAUUCGAAUGAAAAAAUAAAAAGCACGUAUGAACCUACAAAGCCAGGAAAUGGAACUAUUAAGCUAAAUGAAGGAUCUACUAUCAUGAAUCCUACCAAUUUUAGGCUUAUGGAAAAUAUUGUGGAGGAUGACAUUUUUGUGACAGAAGUUUCAAGUACCAUGGAUCCAAACUUAAAAACAGAUGUCAGCGAACAAUCCAUUGUUCCAAAAAAGCUGGUUUCUAGAAGAGUACAAGAUAGAACUCCACAGGCUACCUUCCGUGAUGAAGCAGUUAGCACAAACCCAAACAGCUUAAACAAAGAAGGCACAGUACCUGCCAUUCUUGAAAUAUUUGCAAAUACAUAUCCCCAAAUCUCUCAAUCCUUUGCUCCAAACAAUGUUAAUUCUGUGGAUCCUGACGACUCAGCUAAUGCAGCAACAGUAGAACCCCUUACUCCUGAAGAAGCUGAAUCGAUGCUCCCAAACUUGAACAAGAAAGGCAGGACAGCAUCCACUCAAAACAUAGAUCCAGGUAUCGCAAACAAAGAUAAAGCCCAGACCAUAGUUCCUAGCAUCUUUGUAACUAUAUAUCCUGAAUUUGUGCAGUCCUUUGCUCCAAACAGAAGUAUCACUGUGAAUCCUGACAACUUGGAUGAUGGAGCAACAAUACAACCUAUGUCAGAGGAAGUUGCAACAAACAGGCCAAAAUUAGACAAAGAAGGAACAAGACCCUCUGUUCCUGAGGAUAGAACACUGGCUUUUAAAAUCUUGCAUAAAGAAGGAACAACAAAACCCUUUACAUUGGAGGAGGAUAUCACGGCUUCUAAAUCAUUGAGUGAAGUAACAAUAGCACAAUCCACUGUUCCUGAAGUUAAGAUCAAAGAUUCUAAAAUGUUUUCCAAAGAAAAAGUGACAAUGCCCCCUACUGAUGAAGAUGGUACCAAGGGUUCUCAGCCUUUGGAGAAAGAAGGAAGGACAAAGUCUUUAGUCCCUGAAGAUAGUAGCGUAGAUUCUAAACUGUUGAAUAUAGAAGCAACAACAAAAUCAACUAUUGCUGAGAAUGAUACCGUAAACUCCGAACCCUUGGACAAUGAAGGUACAAAGGACACUGCUUCUGAAGGAUCUGUAACCAUACAUCCGAAAACUACACACUUUGUUUCAAAUAGAGUUAUUAGUGUGCAUUCUGACAAUUUGGACAAUGCAACAAAAAUACAACCCAUUCCUCCUGACGACAUUACAAUUAUCACCCCAUACAUAAACAGUGAAGGAACAACAAAACAAAUUGCUCCAGAAGGAUCUGGAACCAUACAUUCAAAUAAGGCAGAAGAAGAAAUACUUAGUACUAUCCCUGAAAAAUAUCCAACCACAUAUACAGAAAUUUCACAAACAGAAUCUCUAAAUACAGCAACUAUAUUUGGUCUUGAAAACUUGCAUAUUGCAACAACAAUACUUUCCAUUCCUCCUGAUGAAGCUGUAACUGGGCUGCCAAACAAGAAUGAUGGUGCUACACCCUCCAAAGUUUUUGUUAAAGAAGGAACAACAAAGUCCACUAUUGUUGAGGAUAGUGCCUUGAACUCAGAAUCCUUAGACGGUGAAGAAAUGGGGGCCACUGUUCCUGCAAGAUAUACAAGCAUGCAUCUUGAAAUCUCAGAGUCCUUUGCUGCAAACAAAGCUAUUUCUCUGGAUCCACAUAAAUCAUACAACUUAGCAACAAUACAACCUACUCCUGAGGAAACCACAACGAUUCUCCAAUACUUGACCAAGGUUGGAAAAACACAGCCUUCUGUUGUAAAUGGAUCAUCAUUAAAACCCAAUACUCCUGCAGAAGCUGAAACAACAUUCCCAAAGCUGGACAAGGGGGGAACAAUAAAACCCACUGUGCAUGAAGAUGCCACAGAUUCUAAAAUCCUGGAGCAAGAUGAAAUGACAAAAUCCAAUGUUCCUGAAAAAGGACAUACCAUAGAUUCUAAAGUCUUCGAUAAAGAGGGAAGAACAAAGUCCAUUAUUGCGGAGGAUGGUGCUUUGAACUCUGAAUCCUUGGACCAUGAAGAAACAACCAUUUUUCCUAUAGAGAGCACGACGAAUUAUGAAGGGUUGACAAAAGCCUUCUAUCUUGAAGAUGGUACCAUGGAUUCUAAACUUUUAGAUACAGGAGGAAGAACAAAAUCUACUGUGGAUCCCACAUCAAGAGGCAAAGAAGCAACAACAAAAGCCUUGGAUUCUGAAGAUGAUAUCACUAAUGCUAACAUGUUGGACAUACAAAUUGCAAAGGCUUAUGUUAAUCAAGAUGUUACAAUUGAUUCCAAAGCUUUAGAUAAUGAAGGAACAACAAAACCCAUUAUUGCUGAGCAUGGUACCAUGAACUCUGAAACCUUAGACAGUGAAGAAACACAGACUGCUGCUUCUGAAGGAUUUACAAUUGUACAUCCUGAAUUAGAAAAAUUAAUUAUUCCAAACACAGCUGUUACUGUGGAUCCUGACAACUUGGACAAUGCAACACAACAAGCUAUUCCUCCUGAAAAUGUUGCAACAAUGCUUCCACACAAAGAGAUAGAAGAAACAACAAAACCCACAGUUCCUGAAGGACACACAACUAUGUUACCCGAUAAUGUAGACAAAGAAAACAUGCAGUUUACAGUUCCUGAAAAAUACCCAACUACAUAUCAUGGAAUGUCACAAUCCAUUCCUCCAAACACAGCAAGUACUCUGGGCGCUGUUCGAUUGGGCAAUGCAACAACAAUAAAAUCCAAUACUCCUGAAGAAGCAAAAACAUUGUUUCCAAAGACUGACAAAGAGGGAACAAUAAAAUCAGUUCUGCCUAACUAUAAUAACACAGAUUCUAAAAUUUUGGACAAAACUAGAUUGUCAAAUCCCAUUGUUCCAGAAGAGGAUCCUACUGCAGACUCUAGAGUCUUGGAUAAAGAAGGAACUACCAAACCUACUCCUGCUGAGCACAGUGCCUUGAACUCCAAACCUAUGGACAUUGAAAAAAAUCCCACUGUUCCUGAGGAAAGUACCACGGAGUUCAAAAUCUUAGAUGGUGAAGAAUCGACAAAGGCCCCUGUUCCUGAAUAUGGUAUGAUGGAUUCAAAACCUUUUGAUACAGAAGGAACAACAAAGCCAACUUCUGAAGGAUCUUCAACCAUGGAUUCAGAUAAGGUGACCACUUCUGCUCACUUGUCCCCAGACAGUCAUGAUAGCAAAGUAACAUUAGUUACCAAAUUAUCAGAAGCACUCAGAAAUCAAACAACUACCAAAGCUGCGUCAUACGCAGACUAUCUUAACAAUCCCAAUUUGUGUAAUAAGAGACCCUCAGAUGCUUUGACAACUGUACAGAAUGGAACAACAUAUAUUUUCAGAGGUCAUUUGUUUUGGACAAUAGAUCCAAAAGGACAAUCAUUAGGAUACCCCCAGAGGAUUUCUGAAGUGUGGGGAAUUCCAUCGCCAAUUGAUACAGUUUUCACAAGGUGUAAUUGUAAUGGAAAAACUUUUUUCUUUAAGGGUGAACAGUACUGGCGAUUUCAGAAUGGAGUCAUGGACAGAGGUUAUCCUCGAUUGAUAACAAGUGGUUUCUCAGGAUUAAAUGGAAAAAUAAGGGCAGCUCUUUCAGUUGCUGCACACAAAAACAGACCUGAAACAGUGUAUUUCUUCAAAAAUGGUGGACGAUACCAGAAAUACGUGUAUCAAAGAGCCUCCAAAACUUGUACACUACGCACUGGUGCCUACGUUAAUUCCAUAAUAAGGCGACGCUUCAAACGGAAAACACUUGUUAUAAAGACUAUUAGAUCACAAAAGUCAGAUAUAACUUUAAGCCAUGAAUCAGUGCAACUUUCUGUAGAAAUGUCAAUUAGAAAAAAUUGGCAAGGAUUUCCUUUAAGAAUCACUUCUGCCAUCUCGUUUCCUAAGCCUGAGCGUGCUGAAAAAUAUGAGUACUUUGUUCUUUCUGGUGAUAAGUACUACACCGUUGAUCCUGUUAAGCAGAAAGUCACUGAUACAAGAAGAAGUGUAACGAAGGAUUUGUAUGGAUGUGAUUAA